AUGGGCGAAGGAGAAGACGGCGACAAGGACACCCGGAGGAAGAGUAUUAGGAUGAAACCCUUGCCGUCACCAACCUCCAGAGGAAGCAUCAAAGGCAUCGGGGAGACCAGAAGUGGAGACACGGUGAUCAUGGAGACAGACAUUGGGAGACCAACGAAGACCAGUUUAAACGGAGAUUGUCGGAGAUUUCGUGGCAGUUUCUCCUCCAUCACCAGUCGGCAUGUGCACGACUCAGACUCGGCGGAGCAAAGGCGCCUCAUCACGGAAGGGGACGUCACCCCGAGCGAGGAGAGCCCCCCCGGGGCUAUUGGCGGUGGGGCGGACCAAGGUGCGCAAGGCGCCAGCGCUGGUGGUGCUGGUGGUGCCCAACAUGCUUCUCUUGACCAGGAAUCAGGGUUCAUAAAGUUGGAUGGUAUUGAUCAAAUUUCGCCGGACGACGAGAGAUUGUACCAGGCAGGAUUCAUACACAGGCAGUUUGGGGCAAUGCUGCAACCGGGGGUCAACAAGUUCUCCCUAAGGAUGUUUGGGAGCGAAAAGGCGGUGGAACGGGAACAAGAGCGGGUGCUGCUGGAGUUGACUAUAGUGCUACUGAUAGUGGGGAACCUGAUCAACAUCCCUAUGUGGUUCCUCCUGUUCUCUUCCAGGUUCUACUGGGACCUGACCAUGCUGCUGCUGAUGGUGGGGAACCUGAUCGUCAUCCCGGUGGGCAUCACUUUCUUCAAAGACGAACACACGCCCCCCUGGAUCAUCUUCAACGUGAUCUCAGACACUUUCUUCCUCAUGGACCUGGUGCUCAACUUCCGCACGGGCAUCGUCAAGGAGGACAACACCGAGAUCAUCCUGGACCCACAACAGAUCAAGAUCAAGUACCUGAGGAGCUGGUUCGUGGUGGACUUCAUCUCCUCCAUACCUGUGGACUACAUCUUCCUCAUCGUGGAGACGCGCAUCGACUCAGACUUCUACAAGACGGCCCGGGCGCUGAGGAUCGUCCGCUUCACCAAGAUCCUCAGCCUGCUCAGACUGCUCAGGCUGUCCAGGCUCAUCCGAUACAUCCACCAGUGGGAGGAGAUCUUCCAUAUGACCUAUGACCUGGCCAGUGCCAUGGUGCGUAUCGUCAACCUGAUUGGUAUGAUGCUGCUGCUAUGCCACUGGGACGGAUGUCUGCAGUUCCUGGUUCCCAUGCUGCAGGACUUCCCCCAGGACUGCUGGGUGUCCAAAAACAAAAUGGUGAACGACACAUGGGGCCAGCAGUACUCCUACGCCCUGUUCAAAGCCAUGAGCCACAUGCUGUGUAUCGGGUACGGCAUGUACCCACCUGUGGGCAUGACGGACGUGUGGCUCACCAUCCUCAGCAUGAUCGUGGGCGCCACCUGCUAUGCCAUGUUCGUGGGUCACGCCACCGCACUCAUCCAGUCUCUGGACUCCUCCCGUCGGCAGUACCAGGAGAAGUACAAACAGGUGGAGCAGUACAUGUCCUUCCACAAGCUGCCGGCUGAUAUGAGGCAGAGGAUCCAUGACUACUACGAGCAUCGCUACCAAGGCAAGAUGUUUGACGAGGAGAGCAUCCUGGGAGAACUCAACGAGCCACUCAGAGAGGAAAUCGUUAACUUUAACUGUCGAAAGCUGGUGGCUUCCAUGCCACUGUUUGCCAACGCGGACCCCAACUUUGUGACCUCCAUGCUGACCAAGCUGCGCUUCGAGGUGUUCCAGCCCGGAGACUACAUCAUCAGAGAGGGCACCAUCGGCAAGAAGAUGUACUUCAUCCAGCACGGAGUGGUCAGCGUUCUCACCAAGGGCAACAAGGAAACCAAGCUGUUAGACGGAUCCUACUUCGGGGGUAAGAUGAAGAGUGUACCAGGGCAGAAGAAAGGUCACACACACACAUUGUGCUGCAGAGCUUAAACCCUCUUCAGCUUUAAUAUUCAUAAUGGUGGCCUGGAAAAAGACAACAGCACAAAUUAGCUUCUUAAGAGGUCAGCCUAGGUCUGCUUUCAGGCACACUGCACAACUGCAUGAGUGUAAAUGGAAUUUCUGCUCUGUUCUUGUCUCUCACGAGCUGGCCCUGAUAACAGGGUUGUCUAAAGCAUUACUCAUUAUUCUGCCUGUCAUUCUGCAGGGUGCCUGCUGAUUUGAUAUGUUUUAUGUGAGGCUGUUUACUCUUCCAAUGAUCAAUAUGAGCUGUAUUUUAUAAAGAAGAACAUAGUUGACAUAUACAGUGGGGCAAAAAAGUAUUUAG